GGAAAAAAAUCCUAACAGACCAAUGAGCCAUAAAGAGAUUCUUCAGGUUAUCCAAAAAGAAGGGUUAAAAGAGAUUAGAAGUGGAACUUCUCCGCUUGCAUGCCUGAAUGCUAUGCUGCACACCAACUCCCGUGGAGAUGAAGGAAUAUUCUAUAAGGUUCCUGGAAGGAUGGGGGUCUAUACGUUGAAAAAAGAUGUUCCUGAUGGGCUAAAGGACUUGUCUGAAGGCUCAGAAGAAAGCAGUGAUAUACAAUCAGAUUCCCCCAGCUCAGAAAGCAGCAGUAGCAGUAGCAGUGACCAGAGUAGCAACAAGGAAGGAAGAAAAAGCAGGUGGCAAAGGAAAGUAUCAGCCAGACUUUCACAAGUGUCCUCUCCACAGCCAGGCUGCCCAUCUCCUUCUAUUCCACCAGGUAAAAUCAUCUCUUCAUCUCAGAAGCACAGCAAAAAGGCACUUAAACAAGCCUUGAAGCAAAAGCAAAGGAAGCAGCAUCAUUGUCGAACCAGUGUGCCUGUGUCAACUAAUCACCACCUCCUACAGCAGCAUAUGAAGAUUCCAAACCAUCCUGCAAAAGCCGCUUGGGAAGGAAAACAAUCAGAUGGACAUUCAAGUAGCCCACAGAAUUCUACUUCUAGUUCUUCUCCCUCUGUUAAAACUGAGCCUUCCUUGCCAAUCCUUGGGAAGAAACCAUUCCAAAGAUCUGAGAGGCUCCAUGCACGGCAGCUGAAGAGAACAAAAUGUGCUGAAAUUGAUGUAGAAACCCCAGAAUCCAUCUUGGUGAACACCAAUCUGCGAGCUCUAAUCAACAAGCAUACAUUCAUGGGACUACCAGUUGAAUGUCAGCAGAAGCUGCUCCUGCUCCUUCCAGAGGUGGACAGGCAGAUUGGAAUGGAUGGCUUGAUGAAGCUCAGCAGUUCUGCCCUCAACAACGAAUUCUUUAAUUCGGCUGCGCAAGGAUGGAAAGAGCGACUGUCGGAAGGGGAGUUCACUCCAGAGAUGCAGCUAAGACUACGGCAGGAACUAGAAAAGGAGAAGAAAGUGGAAUUUUGGAAAGAGCACUUCUUUGAGAGCUAUUAUGGUCAGAGUUCUGGGCUUAGCCUUGAAGAGUCUAAACAACUGAUAUCUUGUAUUCCUACUGUUCAGAAUCAAGCACAGACUGGGAAUCUAGCACCUCAGUUACAGAAAUGCAUAGUAGUCCAUAAAGCAGUAUCUGACAAAGAACAGACCAAUUCUCUGAUGGGUCCAAAAGUACACGUUCUCCCAGCUAUAACAGCAGCCGCUAAAGGAGAGGAGAUUGAGCAACCCAAGGUCCUUAAGCCAGAAGAGCUUUUAAAUUCUUCUGGCAACAUUGCCUCCAUCCAGAGUAGCAGCCAGAUUCCUCAGAAGAUUUCCAAGAGAGUUGAGGAGCCAGAAGAGGUGACACCACAACCUGCUUACCUGGAGUCUGUGGUGAGACAAAAUCCAAGCAAACCAAAGAAUGCAGCCAUUGCUGGUACUAAACCAAGCCCAGAAGUAGAAUCUCAGGAGAUUUCUGCAAAGGAGGUUCCUGCCACUUGCACAGAACAAAUGGACACUGGAAGCCGGGCUUUCAAGAGAAAAUCAGAGAUUCCUGAAGAGGCACUGAUGACACCUGAAAAACAGCUCCACGUGACAGAAAAGUGCCCCACCAGGCCGCCUUUUCAGGCCCCACUGCAGUGCUUUCCCAUCGCGCCUACACCAAAAGUCCCUCCACUCAGGAUCCACGUCUCCAGAAUCCAAGGAUCUCCAGCAUUACUGUCUGCUAGCCAGGUCUCUCCCAGGCCCCCCUUCCCAAUCAUCAGGAGAACAGGGGCCAGGACUUUGGCCGACGUCAAAGCCAGGGCUAGAAUGGCCAGGGCCCAGCGAGCAGCUGCUGCAGCCGAAGCAGCCGCAGCAGCCUCCAUUGCUACUACUUCUGCCUCCAUUGUGGAAGCCAUCCCAGGGCCGGGGCCCGGAGGGGGGAAAGGAGAGGACAAGAGCAGUCCACUCUCAGGGAGGCCUCAGGGAGCUACAUUGGACAUGGCAGACUUUGGAAACAGGACAAGUCCAAAAAGGGUUUUCCCCUCUCGCCCAGCCCCUUCCUCCCCAGCAGACUCCCCAGCUCCAGAACCAGCAGCAACAAGCAGUGCUGCUAGAGCACAACUACAGCCGGCUCCCCCAGCACAAUCCAGAACUGCAAGCAGCAACCCAGAGGUGGAGAGUGCGUCGAUUUCACAACCAGCAAUAGGGAGUGUCAGCUGUACAAAUCCCAGCCUUUUGACUGUGCCUGCCACUCGGGAUGUCACAGCUUCUUUGGGGUCAACAGUUGAUCUUGCUUCCAUGAUGGAGAAACUUAGAAAUAGCCCUCUUGCUCUUAACCAGGUUACAAGAACAUCCAGUGGCUUUGAGCCUGGAGUGAACUGCAAAAGUAUAUCGAAAACAGCUUCUACCACCAGCACAGGUGUUUCAGAAGACAAAGCCAGGGCCUUGCUUUCUGUAUCUCCUGUGUUGGCUGAAUCCAUCAAGGCACCCCCUCUGCUUUCUUCUCCACGUGGCACUGUGCCCAUGUCCACCUUAUCUCCUCCUUCCUGUAACACUUUGUUGGUAGCCCACAGCCCUAAAGUGCCCCCAGGCUCCUCAGGUUCAAAUGGAAGUAGCUCUGCUGUAAAGUCCAGCUCCAGUAUACCUGCUAAUAAUCCCCUGGUGGCUCAGCUGCUACAAGGUAAAGAAGUCCCAAUGGAGCAGAUGCUCCCAAGGCCUCUGACAAGAGUUGACAUUAAGUCUAUUGCCGUGCCUGUGAAGGAAGGCAAAGCGACCACAAUUGUUUCCAGGUCUGGCCCUCCAAGGGAAGGGGAAGGACAGCUGCACGUGGCUUUCCCAGCAGGUGGGAAGCCAAGCCUUAGUCACUGUGGACAGUCCCAAGAUCCUCCACCCUUCUCCUCUUUAUCAGGGCAGGACUUGUGGAGCCAACCUACAGACCUCCACAGUAGCCAGGAAACUUUAGGCAAGAGUGCCCAAGAACAUAUUCUCCAGACUGUCAUGCGGAAAGUCCCUGUGCAGAGCCUCCCUACUGCUCCUUCUCCCCCUCCACGUCUCCCCCUCCUCCCCCCACAUUUCCCAGUAGAGAGCAGCUCCGCCAGCCAAAGUUUCACACUGGGAUUCAUAGGGAGAAGGACAUUCAAGCCUGCCAUGUCUGGCCAUUACCUCCUGAAUGUUUCUACCUAUGGACGCUGCCCAGAGAACCUAAGAAGAAACCUUGCCGUGCCCCCAGAGGAGCCCCCAGAGAAAUUGGAGGAACAGAAGCAUACAUCUAAAGAUGAGAGUAACAUUAGCGGUGGUGAAGAUGAAGGGUUCAGAGAUGGCAACGUGACUGAACAUGCAACAGCACAUCUCAAAGUUAAAGAGGAGUCUCUGGCUCCAGGAAGAGGAAGAGGGAGACAGGCAACCUCAAAUGUAAAAGUGGAGCAGGCGGCAAUAAGCCACAAGGAUGGAAACAUUUGCUUAUUCCCAGCAGGUCAAGACUAUGCUGAAAACAAUGCAGCAAAAGAUUUUAUUCAGGCUGCCCAGGAACAAGUGGCUCAGACAAUUAGAGGAGAAAGGAGGUCUUGCAGUGGGGAACUUCAAACCUGUGCUCCAGCAAAUGUUACCCCACAGCGGCCCCUGCUGCUUUCACCCUCACCCUCUCCUCAGCUCUUUGGAAACCCUACUCCUACGCAACUUAUUGGGCCAGGCUACAGCGGCACAAUUAAUGUGUCCACUUCUCCAGACAUGCAUCAGGAUACUCUCCUGACUGGACUGUCAGACCCCAGCCACAUGGGGGAUGUAGUGUCCUUCUCUGUAACUGUAACCGCUAUCCCUGCUGGCCACUCAGCAAAUACUGGUAGCCAUGGACAAGCUCUCCGUGGCCAGGCUUUUGUGGAAGGUGGUGGCUUGGAGGACUUGCCCACAAAGUGCUACUGUCGCUUGAAAGCCAUGAUUGUGUGCAAGGGCUGCGGGGCCUUCUGCCAUGAUGACUGUAUUGGCCCCUCCAAACUCUGUGUUUCCUGUCUCGUUGUGCGGUAGCAGGUUUGCUAGAUGGCAUCUCAUCUAGGGAGCAGGAGGGGCAUGCUGCUGAGUCAAGAGUCCCUGUCCUUAUGCCACUCCACGUCUCCUUGGUUUCCUUGAGAAUGAAGAAAGCACCUUGGAUGAAUGGCUGAGCCCAGUGGGACAAGGGUGUGCACUUAAGGAAUCAUGUAAAUAUGUUGCAUUGUUUUGUCUUAAAAGAUUAUUUUUUCCGACCUUGAGAUAAAUCUAUGGAUGUGAA